GAGCCAUUUCUUCUUAAAGUCUACCUCUUGGAGAAUGGAUAUUCCUGCAACCUCCUUAAAUCGCAGGAUACAUUUAAAUGCUGGCCUGCAGAAACUUGCAGAAAGUUUUUUGGAUUCUGCUCCCAUGGCAUCAAGAGUAGGAGAGGAAGUUCCUGCUAAAAGGAAUUGGUUCGUACUGAGCAGAAGCCGAUUUAGGAGAUUGCUCCAUUCUUGUGAGGAAAUCAUGGAUGCUAAAGUGGUCUGGAAAAGCAGGGAAGAUAACAAACAACUUAGUCCGGUUUCCGUCUUUGAAUUUCAUUCAGCUGAGUUCCUCUCCCCACACAAUCACUCUACGGAAGAAGAGAACCGAUCAACCUCAACAAUGAACUCGGACAUGUCUGAAGAAGCACAUUAUUUUACUUGUUUCAGCAACCUAAAUCAGACUGAAAAUGGAGCCAGAAAGGACAAGCAGCCUCUCCUGAAAUGCAGGAAGGAGCUUAAAGAGAGAAUUUUUGCCUCACAUUAUGGUUUGAGCCAAAGCAAGUCUGAAAAAUCAAGAGAAAUGCAGAUCUUUUCAGUGGAGAAGCAUAGGAAGGAAGUUGCCAGAAUAGCAAAAUUGAUAGAUAUGGACCUGUCUGGGACCAGGAGGGAAUGGAGCCAUUUCAAGGAUGAGGCGAAAAAGACUGGUUUGGAGAUAGAAAGACUCAUCUUUGAAGAGAUUAGAGAGGAAACAGUUGUCGAAAUGUUUGGCUCUCAUUUCUACACAAGAUAGAUUCUUUCUAAUUCGUAUGCAUCAGUUAGCUGUUAGUCUUGAUGCUCUGCAUAAAUGAGGUUUAGAAUCGAACUCAUUAUGUGAAAGCUAAGCUAUGGAAUUGGAGAAAAUUUUGCAUACGUAAGAUGUUUGCAGAGCUGCGUGCGUCGGAGGUUAUUCAAAGGGUAUUGGGAAGUUAUAGGUAGGUUACAGAUGUACGCAGCUCUGCAAACAUCAUGCGUACACAAAUUUUUCUCAUGGAAUUGUGGCUGUAAGUUCCUAGAAGAACAGUUUUUUCUUUCUUAUAAGAUGAAAAUAAGUACUUGGGGGAUUUUUUAAGGAUUUUAAUUUUUUUACU